CAGGGGGUGGGGAAAUGGUGACAGCUCUCCAGGAAGCCGCCGCCGGCACCGGGAGACACCGAGGGGCGGCAGCCUGCUGGGUGGCAGCUUCCAGCCGCCUCCGCCACGGCGAAGCCAGCCCCGUCGGAGGCCUCCAUGGGCUCCCCGCAGCGCCCGCCGCUCGCCCACGUCUUCAGGGGGACCUUCGUGCACUCCAGCGCCUCUGCGCCCAUGGAGAUCCUCCACGGACACCUGCUGGGGGUGGACGAGAGCGGGACGAUUGUGUUUUUGGAAAAAACUGAUCAGCAAGAGCAGCUGGCUAAGAAGUGGGGUUUCAAAGCGUCUGACAUAAGAGAACUGAGUAACCAUGAAUUCUUCAUGCCAGGAAUGGUUGAUACACACAUUCAUGCCCCUCAGUAUUCAUUUACUGGCACAAGAGUAGAUCUACCUCUUAUGCAGUGGUUGACUACCUACACAUUCCCAACAGAAGCCAAAUACAAAGACAGCGAUUUUGCAGAGGAAGUGUACACCAGGGUUGUUAGACGAACUCUAAAGAAUGGAACGACUACAGCUUGCUACUUUGCAACAAUUUACACAGACACUUCUCUUCUUCUUGCUGAAAUUAUAGAUAAAUUUGGUCAACGAGCAUUUGUUGGAAAAGUCUGCAUGGAUAUGAAUGACAGCGUGCCACGAUACAAAGAGAUUACUGCUGACUCUGUCCAAGAGACAGAAAGGUUUGUUAAAGAACUACUGGAAAGGAAAUAUCCAAGGGUACAGCCUGUAAUAACCCCCCGCUUUGGCCCUUCCUGCACAGAGGAUUUGCUGUCUGCACUUGGAGAUUUAGCACAGGCUCGUGAUCUCCAUGUACAGAGUCACAUAAGUGAGAAUGAAGAAGAACUCAAACUUGUGGAAAACAUGUUUCCUGCCUACCAGAAUUACACUGAAUUGUAUGACAAAAACAAGCUGCUUACCAGCAAGACAGUGAUGGCUCAUGCCUGUUAUCUUUCCGAAGAAGAGCUGAAACUUUUUAGUCUUCGUGGAGCUGCAAUUUCACAUUGUCCCAAUUCUAAUUUUUCGUUGCGCAGCGGUGUCUUGAACGUGCAAAAGGUUCUGAAACACAAUGUAAAGCUUGGACUUGGCACAGAUGUUGCAGGUGGAUAUUCGGCUUCUAUGCUUGAUGCCAUCAGGAAAACAAUGAUGGCAUCCAAUAGCCUCCAGAUCAACAAAGUGAAUGAAACAGGACUAACUCUUGAAGAAGCUUUUCAACUAGCCACUCUAGGAGGAAGCCAAGCUCUAGGAUUAGACGACGUGAUUGGAAACUUUGAGGUCGGCAAAGAAUUCGAUGCACUGCUAAUCAACACGAAGGCUUCAGACAGCCCCUUUGACUUAUUCUCUGCUGAUAAUUUUGAGGACACUCUGCAGAAGUUCCUGUAUCUAGGUGAUGAUCGGAAUAUUUCUGAAGUGUAUGUGGCUGGAAAGCAAGUGGUACCUUUUUCAAGUUCAGUAUAAAUCGAUUUCCCUUUUGCAAAAUGCUCUGCUAAUCAUUCUGCAUCUGAUUUGGAAGAUUGAUUGAACACAGUGCCUGAUCAUCAGGAAUGACACCUCAUUUUUGUUCAAUGUUUUAAAACUUGCAAACAUUAGAGAUUUUGUUAGACCUGUCAAGAAUUACUUUACCAAAAUUGUCACAGUUCUAGAGCAAUGAGAUAUUUUCCUCUGUAAAAAUAGCAUGUGUGCAUUGAUAAGGGAUUAAUUAAAAAGGACACCUGCGGUUCCUUUUAAUAAUACUAUAGGAAGCAUUAUGAAAGCUAUGAGACUCUCAUUGUCUAUAAUGCAUCUGAAUUUUUAAAAAGGCCAGUGCUAGUAAAUUGAUUUUGCAGAUAAUGGGUAUCACAAAAGAAUGCAAUUUUCCAUAAUAUUAUCAUCAAAUGUGGAAAAAUCAGUGAUGUUUUAGGGCACGUAGAACCUUUUCCAGUUUUCUUUUGGAGCUUAUUUUUUUAAAGUUAUUAUUUCAUUUAAAGCAUUAUUUUUCUUAAGAUAAAUUAGAUAAGAAGUGUGUAUUUAUAAAUAAAUAAGGGUCCUUAUUAUCAAAGAGUUCGGAUUUGUCGUUUGAGGUCAGACAAAAGUGAACCGGUGGAAGAACGGAGUAAGAAAUGGGGCGUGAGGCUGGGAGAGCAGGCGGGCUGCAUUGCUCUGCCAUGCUGUCAGCUGAAACUGCCUUUCCACAGGUUUUUGUUCUCAGAUCUAGAAGUGGUCUGCCUCGUCUUCCACCGAUUCCAUUUAAUUACCUCCAGCUGAGCAACAGCUGAAUUAAAGUUGUGUUAAAUUAGAAGCAGGCACUAAAAUACCUGAGCAGACUACUCCGUGACAAACUAAUGAAGGAGGUUUUUCUGGGCUAGAGGGAGUGCUUCAUCUAGCUCAGCCUCCAGCAGACCCUUCCCAAGCUCAUUUGCUCCUGACUCUUCAGGCAGGAUGAUAGGAUGUCACUUCUCCCUUCUGUAAGGGAUGUGAGUGGGUUUAAAAAAAAUCCAAAAGAAAUGGGCCAUCUGUGUCGAUUGCCACCUUUGACUUGAGGUGGAAAUCAUCACUGGAAAAAGCAGCUCCGCUUUAACGUGGUCUUUUGCAUCUUUCAACGUGGCAACCAAAAUUGCAGCCCUGUACAAUUCCAGGUAAAAAAAUGUGCCCUUUUUGUUUUGGACAUCUGUGUGACUUCCUUUCCUAAAAAAUUAAUUCCCUUACUUUUGAUUAGAGACCAUUCUUUUUUGUGUGUGUGUGUGAGAUUAGUUUGAGGAAGAGGUUUUAUCUUGUUACUUUAUUACAUUUUUGCAACACAAAGGAUGUAAGCUUUAAUUUCAGUGUCAGUAGAGACAAUAUUGUAUUGAGUUACUAUAAACAUGUGUUGAGUAGGGUUUUAAGACCUGCUUCAAACUCCUUUGACUUCACUGAGCGUUGUUCCACACCCUCAUCUUGCUGCUUGGUGAUACAAAGGCAGAGGACUUCCCUCUGGUCGCAAAACAAGGGAGGUCACUGCACCAAAGUCUCACUUCAUGUCUACUUCUGAGAAGGUGCGCAGCCCAACGUCACUGAUAACUUUCUGCUUUUAAAAGCAUUUUUAGAUCUUAUGUACCCUUAUGGUUGCACGUACAUGAGACAGCAUAGUAUUAAGUGGAAGUGUAAAAGCUAGCUUAGGCACUUAAAGCAGUACAGUGUUUUCAGUGGUUUUUUUUUAUUUUUAUUUUUUUUUCUGAAGCUGAGUAGACCUUCUGAGCAGCAGGGGAUAUUGGCUCGCACUUGAGUGCAGCUACGUGGCUUGCUCAUGGAGAGCUAGCUCAGGUAUCUUCACAGGCCACCACACUGUGCCUUCUGCUUGCAGAGGUACAGCCUUCCUAUCCAUUAUGUUCAGUGAUUCCUAAGGCUUUAGGAGUCAAUAUUUAAGGAUUAAGAUUUCCACAUUCCAUCAGGGUGUUUUCUUAACCGUUCUGUUUUUCCUGUGUCCCAGUCACCUACACAGUAGCACACUUGCUUGGCAAAUACAAUCUUCAGCUCUUUAACUUGGUUUCCUGAUUCAGGGAAAAUUUUUCCUCAUGAAUUUUGACAUGAAUUAAAUUGACCAAAUUUCAUGUUCCAAAACCAAAGAUCUGUGAAACACCUGUUUUAACCCUCCCGUUACUGUUUGAAACUAUUUUUAGGGAGUUGCAUGAUUUUCAGCUUUGGCUUUCCUGCAAGAAUGUUUUCUGGAGUGGAGAAAGACUACGCAGCUUUGUGUACAAUGUAUGUGUUUGCCCUACUUCUCCACUUCCAGAGCUAUGAAUUAAAUCAGUGCUUCUAUUUUAGUGGUAGUCUUAACUGUCUCUGGCUUCAUUGUUUUCCCACUAUUUUGUAGUGUUGUUAAGAAUGGGAUUUAAGCAUUCCUUCUUAAAAGAUUUAUGGGUUGCGUAUUUGCAAACUGGGAAUACAGAAAAACCUUAACGAGUUCAACAUCAUACUCCUGGCCCAGUUACGAAGGGACUCCCUAGGAUAACUGCUGCCAGUGAGGAUUGUAUAUGAACAUUGGCUGCAUCACGAGCAGUUUGAUUCUUGCUAAAUUCUGGCGCAACGCAGGAACUUGGCCUUUUGAUUAUAGCUUCGCUAGUGUCUAGUACUCAGCCACUACCCAGACUUAGAAGCAGAGAAUCAACUUUUUAAGAAUCUCUGCUGGAGGAGGAGCUCUGCCAGCGGGUAGUGCUGUGCACUGCCUGCACCACCCUGCCGUGCCCCAGACUGGGAGAGCAAAGACCAAGAUGAGCAGCAUCACACUAAAUGCUGAGAUGAUUAGGGGUAAAGGAAAGAAGCCUGAAUUUGAUGUGAGAGGAAGUCUCAUAUAAAUAAACUGGUAGGUACUUUCAACAGCAGCAUCUUAAGUAGAAUUGAAUGGAAAAGGGCUGUAAUGGCAGAAGAAAAAAAAAGUUGAAGUGUGGUCCUCUGAGGUAGUCCCAAAAGCCUGUUUUGCUGAAAGAUGGCUUAAGCCCAAAAAUUUUAAGGUUUUAGGAUAUACAGAGGAUAUAGUAGCCACAAUUCACUGAAGCAACUUUGGGAAAGUCCCUGAGGAUCCCAUUGGGAAGUUUCAAUCCUUGGGACUCUCUGGCUAUGUGUAGAUUGCCAAGAUACUUGGUGUAGUAGGGGAGGAUCAGUCAAUGAAAGCUGAGACUCAUACAUCUACACUCUAUGUGGUUUAAGACUACGUACAGUCUUUUUGCUUAGAUAAGUGUUCCCACUGCAUAUGCAGUUUGAGGCAGGCCAAAUAAUUGGUUCAGACUCGUAAUAUCUCUUUUAGAGGCUGGAGUACAUUUGUCAUGCAGCUGGGCCUGCAGUGUGAUUUCCUCCAAAAUAAACUUAAUCCUUUCGUAUCAAAACCACCUCGCAAACUGAACCAAGGUUCAAUAAGAGAGGAUGAUUGGGAAUUCACUUUGGAACAGCACCAAUGUCACAAACCAAAAUGCUAAUGAAGGCUAGGACUUGGACUAUUCCCCCUCCAUCCUCAUUGUCAUAGAACUUAGUGGCUGAAGACAAAUUAAAGCAACCUCCAUCCCUCUUUCUCUUGCUUCAAAAAAAAAAAAGGCAAAAAAAUAAAAAAGCAAAAAAAAGUACAACAAACAGAAAGCAAACAUAAAAGUUAGCCAGCCAGACACUAAGGGGAGAUGAGUAAGUGGAAGAAAAGAAAGGGAUAAUUUUCAAUCAGUAUCAAUUGACACAGUGCUACUGACCUAAGAUAAAACCUCUGGAAAAAUGUAUGUGCAGUUCUUUCCAGAUGUCACUCCCCAUUAGUUCUUUUGCCAGAAUGUGGAUGGCAUCUUUGUUUCUUAAUGUGUCUUUCUGUUCAAUGUUAGCACACCAUUCAGACAAAGAAAAAAAAAAAGGGUAGUUUGUGGAAAGCUUGCUUGUUGGGAUAAUAUGCUUAAUGUGUUCUAUGUUCAGAUGAGCACUUAUUUAUUAUAAAUGGAAUGUAUUUGAAUUACUGUUAUUUGUUGAUCUCAUUGUGUCACUUUAGGUUUUGAUUAUUAAUGAAAUGCUAGUAAGUAUCACUUAUGCAUUAUGCAGCGUUAUUUGAAUUAUUCAUGUGUGGCAAGUGGAGUUCUGCACUUUAAAUUGUUGCCUUGGCCUCAUGUUUAUAUUUAUUCUGUGGUUUUUGUGCAAUCAGAAAGCUUUGUAGGAGAAAAAAAAUGUGUAUUUGUUCACUGAACUGAACAUUUUCAGUAUUGUAAGUGGACUUCCUGUUAGAAAAAGAAAUGUUAAAAUGACCCUGUUUAAAACUCUGCCUGAUUAUACACUCAUGAAAGAAAAAAUUAUAAUGGUUUUAUAAAAGCUGACAUGAAUAGUAAUGUUUUAAUUUAAAAAUAUUUACAAAGAAAUAGAUAUUUUUUUAUUUUAAUCAUGAUUAUGCAAUGCAAAUUAGCAAAAGGUAAUAGUUCUUGCUAAAUACCUACUGUUCUACUGAGCAAAGGAGAAUGUAACUAUUCUUGAGUACACAUUUGAAAAGAAUACACGUCUUGAAAAAUGAAAAGCCCAAGCUCUUUUAAAGAAUAUCUCAGUUUUAAAAAGAAAAGAUAUUGACAACAUUGCUCAGACAAGCUGUUUAAAAAUGUUUUAAGCAUUUCCAGGAACAAUCCAUAACAGAUGAUAAGGCAGACAGCUUUUAAAAUACUGGAUUUAUAUGAAUAAACAGACUGCCUUAUCUGCAGUCCUGUAUGUAGCAGUGGUCAACUCAUGUCUAAAGUGAUAGUGUACAUGUAGAAGGUAUUUUUAAAAAAACCCAAGGGAUUUUGAAAAUUUGAGAAAGGACUGGGGAAAAAAAGAAUUUGAGAAGAGAUUUGAAAAGGGUGAUAGCAGAAUACAAAAUAAUGCAAAGUAGAAAGAAGCUAGAUCACAGGAACUCAUAAAAGCAAGAUCACAUUAGUGAAGUUUUAUGGGGAAAAUGCUCAGAUAAGAAGAUACCUUUUCAGGCAAUGUUCUGUUAAAUCAUGGAUCUUGCUCCUUCUGAUGGUCACUGAGGCUCAACAACUGAGCAGAUUUACUUACAUGCUUAAUAAUACAAGCCCAAAUAAUUGUAGUUAAUUGUAGCAUAAUUAUACAACACUUUUCAACCUCUCAACCUCUACUUCAAGUUUUAAAUCAAAAUUGCCUGUAACAACUCCAGAAGAAAUGCAAUGAAAGGGCAUGUUAUGCUUUACCUCCAUGUGUGAUUUGAAAUAUUUGGCAUUGGCCAGGUCAGAGACUGAACUAGUCUGGUCCAAGGGAAGAAUCUCUGCUCCUGCAUGCCCCAAACAUCAUCCCCUGUCAUGUGCCUGGUGGUGCAGUGAUGACUGAGUCCAAGACAGGCAGACAGGCAUCUGGUGUGACUAGAGUAAGUAAGAACAAGCUGUUUUAAAAAUCAGAUUGUUUUGAAGUUAAGCACAUUGCGGAGAGCACAGCAUGCUUUAAAUUACACGAGGUUAUACCUAGUCGUGAAUUUCUAGGUACUAGGAACUUUGGCUUAAAGUUGGGGUGUUUUUUUAAGCACUUGUACUGUAUGUGCAAUAGCUCAUGCUUUUCUCCACAGAGAAGCCAGCAAAUGACAUCUAGAAGGCUCUCUGUACCAAAACCAACAACAAAAACAAUUCUUGAGAAGUCAAAGGGACAUCAGCAACACCAACAACAGUCUGUUGUGUAAAGUUAAUAGGACUGUUAGUUUUUCUCAAAAGGCUGAGCAAUGUUUUUGGAGGGCAGUUUCCUGGAAAUUUCAGUGGAAAUUCUUUCUUGGAAAAUGCCCUGAAUCGGAGUGUGCUCCAACCAAUGAGGUCCCCUGUGGCUUCUACGGAGGCAGUCAGUUCUGUGGACUGAAUGCAAUAAUCAUGCCUAGAGUCACACUUUCCUCCCCUGGUCAGGACUCAGACAUGUGUAUUCGCUUCAAUUCUGGCUUUAGUUUGUGGUUUCUUGUACACUUGGGUUUAGUUUGAAAAGAACUAUGCUGAAUGAGUGGAGUUGAGAGAAGAAUGAGCCCUAAAGGCAACCUUAUACCCCCCCUCCUAAUGUUUAAUCUCAAAAGUUUUGUCCCGUCAGGUAGAUAUUGUUAUAUUUACACAUCUCUUAGACUCAGUGGUUUGGCUUAGUGAGUUGAGUCAGCCGGUAACAAUUAAACCCAGCCAAGACCAGGACGUAAACUGUGAGCAGCUGACAAAAACGUAAAAAUGUUUUACCUUGAUCUGCACUUAAGUCAGUCACCAAAGGCUUUGCUUAGCCAAGUGCUCCUAGGCGCAAUUAGAUACAAAAACUCCCUGGAGAUAAGCCUUCAGUAGAAGGGGCCAGUGUUAGUGACAACUGAAGGUUUUGAUCUCUGUGUCCCGUCUGGCCUUGUGGCUUCAGAGCUGGGUUGUGUUACUUUAACAGCUUUUGCUGAUUAAGCUCCUAAAAAGCAGUUGCACAAACUCCUUAGCUGAGGAAGUUCGCAGACCUUGCUUCAAGAUGAACCUUCUUUCCCCAAAGGAGAGUUCACAUCUCACUGUAGCAAGCUUUUCUGAUUCUGAUCCUUGGUUUUGUCUGCUCAUUGCCUGUUGUGCAUAGGCUCUGGUUCUUUCGUUUGUGAAAAAUGCCUAACUGGAGUUAAUGUUGUUGAAUUUAUCUUUCCUGUUGUACUCGUAUAGUUUCAAGAAAGAGCGAUGUAUUAGGAAAAAUGGUAUAUGCGAUUUCCACUGUUCUGCUUGGUUUUGAUCAAUGCUAAAUGGGAAGUCAUGUACUGUUGAAACAAAAUAAAGAGGCCUUGUGUUUACACCAA